AUGUCAAAAUCCCCACUCCCUUCUUGUUUCCGUCCUGCAACCACCAAAACUAUAACCCACCACCACUCCCGCACGGCGCCGCUGUCCACCAACAAUCCUAACCUAAUCACUUGUCUUUACAACACUGGUUUAGGCCUGUUUGCCUUAACAUGGUCCCGCAACCUCUUCAGCCGGAGCCUCCACCUCCAUUUCCUCCUUGACAACUGCUCCUCCGCCGCCGCCUUGGAGGAUAAUGACAAAGAUUUCACUUUUCCUUCCUUACCCACAUCUUCCUUUCACCUCCUUAUCAAGCCCUUUAUUUUCUGGAAUAAACUAGGCUCUAAAAGAUUUGAUAUCAACAUCAAAUCAGCUAAAAAUGCUUACAUCUUUUGGGAUCUUUCUAGAGCCAAAUAUGGAGCUGGACCCGAGCCCCAGACUGGAUUCUACAUCGCCAUUGUUAUAGAUGGUGAAAUGGUAUUACUAGUUGGCGAUUUUGCAAAAGAAGCCUAUGCAAAAACCAAAGCAAGAAAUCCCAACAGAAACCAAACAAUGGUGGUAAGAAGAGAGCAUGUGUAUGGCAACAAGCUUUACACUACAAAAGCCAAUUUUGGUGGCAAAGAGAGAAACAUCUCCGUGGAUUGUAGAAUUGGUGACGACCCUAGAUUGUAUAUUUCAGUCGAUGGCAAAAGGGUUCUGCAGAUCAAGCAUUUGAAAUGGAAAUUUAGAGGUAACGAGAGAAUUGAAGUUGAGGGAGUGAACGUGCUGGUUUCAUGGGAUGUGUACAACUGGUUGUUUGAAGAAGAUCGUGAAGAUGGUUAUGCAUUGUUCACAUUCAGAUUUGAAGAUGAAGAAGAUUACGGGAAUGUGAUGUGGUCACAGCAGUCAUUUGGAUUUGGAUUUGAAACCAAGAAAAUGAAGAAGGGUUCGUUGAGAUCGGCAGGAAGUUCAUCUUCUUCGUCAUUGUCAUCAGUUUCUUCAAGUUGCAGUUCUGUUAUGGAAUGGGCAAGUAUGGAAGAGAAUGAAUUGAAGGUUCUUACUGGAUUUUCUUUGUUGAUUUAUGCUUGGAAAAGCUGA